AUGUCGGUGUUCAAAGAUCUAGAAAGGCGAGACUUUUCGGCUUGGGUGCCAAUUCUUGAAGCUGUGGCCAAACCGGCUCGACACCCUCAAUUCCACGAGCUCACACCCGAUGGAGAAUGGAAGGCUUGGUCUUCCUCUCCAGAACUGCCAGAUGAGGAGCCCAUACUCGUGAAACAGCCCGACUCAACUCAGGUCUUCAGGCCUGUCGGCGACACUCGAACGUGUGAACUUGGAAUUUUGCUUGAUACUGGAACCGGCCCGGAUUUUAUCGAGCGUACGUUUCGCGUCACAGAAGACCUUGCGACCUGUCUAGUCAGCAUACUGACGACACCGAAUUUGGAGGAUAGGCCACAAUAUCUUUGGAUUGAUCAGAUUUGCAUUAAUCAGGAGGAUAUUCAAGAACGCAACGAGCAAGUCUCACGAAUGAGCCACAUUUACGAAACUGCUAAGCAGGUCAUUGUGUGGCUGGGGCAAAAGUCCGAUUUUGCUGUUGAGAGCGCAGAGUUGCCGGAAAGCCCAGCGGCAGAUGUAGAAGCUGGUGGCCAAAGCCUUUUGAGCUGGAUACUGGAGCAUUCUUUGUUCGCCAGACCGUGGUUCUUCCGGCUCUGGACUGUACAAGAAGUCGUUCUUGCAGAUCGCAUCCAGGUUCUGAUCGGGGAGGAGUGUCGACCAUGGAGGAGCGUAGUGGAGCACUCUUCUGCCCUGGAUCGCGUUGUGAGCGGUUCAAUGAUGCACGUGGAGAUGAAUGUCUUGACAAGAAACCUAAACUGGUUGAUUGUGGGCACCAUCUCCUUUUGCAGAGACUUGAUGGCGAAGGCUGGAAUGGUCGAGCUCCAAACGUUUUUACCGCUUAUUGUCUCCUCCCAACAGUGCCGAGAUCCGCGAGACAAGAUCUACGGCUUGAUUGGUUUGGAACACAAGCGCCCGCAACGGAAAGUCCGGCGAGACCCUUCUCCGUCAGAGCGUGGGAAUUCGGAGGUAUACGUCGAAUUUCGCGAUUUCGAAAACCGCACAGAUCGUGGCUCUCGGCGGCUCGAUGUUACCUUCGUCCAACUAAAACUGCCUCACGACUUUGUUGACUACGAAAGACCAGUUGAGAGCGUAUUCAGAGACUUCGCAAGACUCAUGGUGGAGUCGCGUCACAGCUUGAAGUACCUCACUCUCUACGAGGCGGACACUACAGCCUGGUUUCCACAGUUUCUUCCGAAUAGCAGCAUGAAUGCCCCAGGACUGUCUGAGCAUAUUCCAAAUAAUGGGCAAUUUGCUGCAUCCGCUGAGCGAGAACACAUACCCUCGAUGCCUGCAGACCUCAGAUAUCUCGAUGUGAGAGGUCGAACCGUGGCCACAGUUUCGAGGAACAUCGCAGAGAUGCCAUCCUCUAUGAAAAGGUUCUUUUGGAAUCCGGCUGAGGAACUCGACCUCCCAGAGUUGUGCCGCCUUUGCUGGACACAUGUCGCAUCUUCCUAUGGCAUGUCUGCAGAAGAUGAAUGGGUAUCGGCAUUCACCAGAGACAUGAUCGAUACGAUCUUUUGUCAUCAGCGAGAAUUUGACGGUACGGCUCCAGUCUCCGUUGAAGGAAGAUCCACCGCCGAGGUUUACACCAUACUGCACGCUUUGUUCGGACUCGUCGAUGAGACUGAGAUUGCUGUUGAGGACUACGACAAGCAUGCUCUUCGCGUUGCGCUUAGUAGAAAGUUCUUAUAUGGGUUGAGCAGACAAUUAGUAGUUUUGGAUACUGGGCAUCUCGCCCUUACGCAAAAUGGAGUAGAAGAAGGGGACAAGGUCGCCAUCCUGCAUGGCCUUAAUGUACCGGCUGUCAUUAGAGAAGUUGAGGAUGGCGAUGGGUGGCAAUGGCUUGGAGAUGCGUUCAUACUGGGCUUCAUGCGCGGCGAAGUGGUGGAUUGGGAAGAAGAUGAUGCUGAUACAUUUACACUGGUGUAA